CGCAUGAUUUAAAUUUUGUUUUUUAAUUCGACCAUAGGGGCUUCAAUCCCUUCUUCGUAUUCUCAUCCUCUUUGUUGCGCUCAUUAAAAACGCGUCGUUGUUGAAUGAGGGCGGUAUGGAGAGAAUUGAACCGUCGUGCAAUUAUUCCUCUUACACAUACCAGGUGAGCAAGCAUAGCACCGAGAUGCUACACAACCUCAACAUUCAGAGAAAAGAUGGAGGCAGGUUUUGCGAUGUGGUUUUACGCGUCGGAGAGGAGAGCUUUCCAGCCCAUAAGGCGGUUCUAGCGGCGUGCAGCGAGUAUUUUGAGUCGGUAUUCAGCUGUCAGACCGAGGGCGACGGUGAAGCUAAAGAAUUGGAGAUGCAUACAAUAAGUCCUAAAGUUUUUAAAGACAUAUUGGACUUCGCCUAUACCUCCAAGAUUGUAGUGCGCCUGGAAUGCUUCCCGGAGUUGAUGACAGCGGCAAAGUUUCUGUUAAUGCGCUCCGUCAUCGAGAUCUGUCAAGAGGUUAUCAAACAAUCCAACGUUCAGAUACUCGUUCCUCCCUCCCGGGGAGGGGACGUCAGUUUUUUUCGUGCUUCGGGGAGCUCGGAGACAUCGUACGCUCUGCCCGUUGACAUGUCAAAUGGGACGGGGUCUGUUUCGAAUGGAGCUGUGUUUACCAACAAUGGACAGCCCCACGGCGUUGACCGUGAUCAGGCAACUGGUGCUUCACUGUCAAACGACAACUCCCAGACCACCGUACCGGGUCUGCAGACGGUAGACCGACUGGCCGUCUCGCCGUCAGAUCUUACGGGUAACCCCUACCACGGUGGGGGCUCUCCGGGAUCAAAGCGAGGCAGGGGACGGCCUAAGAAAGCAGCGGCGAUGGAGCCGAUCACCCUCAAUCACAACACUCCAAAAGAACUAGGGAUAUUCCCUUGUGGGAUUUGUGGUAAAGUGUUUAGCGAAGCCGUACGGUUGAGGAACCACGAAGCGCAGCAUGGAGCUUCCAGUGGAGGGGUCAGCGGCAGCGGAGACUUGCCUUCACCAGGGAUGCAUGAAAACGGACUGCCAUCUCAAGUUGGCUUGGACAACACCCGCAAGAGAGAGAGGACAAGGCGUCAUGUGGGAUGUGAUAUCUGCGGGAAGGUUUUCCGCGAUGUCUAUCACUUGAACAGACACAAACUGUCACAUUCCGGCGAGAAACCAUACGCAUGCCCGGUAUGUGGACUGCGUUUCAAGCGCAAGGACAGAAUGUCGUACCAUGUGCGUUCUCACGACGGAUCGGUAGGGAAACCAUACGUCUGUCAAAACUGUGGGAAAGGUUUCUCAAGGCCUGAUCAUCUGAAUGGACAUAUAAAACAAGUUCAUACGACAGAGAGACCCCACAAGUGUCAGAUUUGUAACGCGUCCUUUGCGACGCGUGAUCGUCUGCGGUCCCAUCUGGCGUGCCACGAGGACAAGAUCCCGUGCCAAGUUUGUGGCAAGUUUUUGCGGGCGGCCUACAUGACCGACCACCUCAAGAAACACAGCGAAGGGCCUCACAACUACUGCGGCAUAUGCAACAAAGGUUUUUCCACUGCGUCCUACUUAAAGGUGCACAUAAAAACGCACCACGGCGCCCCCCUGCUUUCCGCCGCUGCGCCGCACCCGUUCCACGAGCCGCGCGCCGAGCCUCAGCCGCACAACGGCGCCCCCUACCACUCAGGACGGCAGUACGGGCAGGAGAAUGCUGGGAAGUGCCCCCAUCAGGAUUCUGAGAGUUCAGACACGUCCUUUGGCGACCUUUCCAACGGGACUGAGCUCAAACCGACCCAGCACAAGGCGGAGGGGGCGGCGGCGGCGUCGUCGUCGGACGGAUCCAAACUCAAAAGCUCGGACCCGGAGAAGAAGCACGCCUGCAGCCAGUGCGGGCAGACCUUCCGCACCAAGUCCUACCUCAACAAACACCAGCACAGGGUGCACGGACACAGGGGGCAGAAAGGACUGGGAGACCUCGGCUCCGCGCUGGGCUCUCCGUUCUCUCCCCAGCAGAACAUGUCCCUGCUGGAAUCCUUCGGCUUUCAGAUUGUCCAGUCGGCGUUUGCGUCCUCGUUGGUGGACUCAGAGGUGGGAGGUAGUGGUUUGGGACUGGGAGACAAGUGACUGCUGC